GCUUAAACAGCUGAUGGUUGAGGCGAAGUAAGGCAGUACCGAUGGGGGAGACGAUAACAAUAAUUAGGCAUCAUGAGAUUUUUGUCAAGUCUCGUUUGUGCAGCUCUUUUGAUGAAACAGGUUUUAGGUGAAUAUGGAAUGGCACAUUUCAGUGACUGGGAGAACAAAGGCAAAGAUUACUGCAUCUUCUUCAACUCCCAGUGGGCUCGACUACCUCAGGACCUCAGUAAAGCUGUGCGGCUGCAGAUCUAUGAUCUCACCACCUCUGCGCUGUGCUCCCCCUCGGAUGUACCUGAGGGCGGCUUCCCAAACAGUAUCCCAAUGGUGAUGAGAGGAAAUUGCACUUUCUAUGAGAAAGUCAGAUUGGCUCAGAUCAACGGUGCCAAGGGACUUCUGAUCGUCAGCAAAGAUAGACUUACACCGCCAUCGGGGAACAAGUCUCAGUAUGAGGAGAUUAGCAUCCCAGUGGCUCUGCUCAGCUAUAAAGACAUGCUGGACAUCAGGAAGACAUUUGGGGAAAACAGGCAGGUGGCCAUGUAUGCACCCAAUGAACCAGUGGUAGAUUACAAUAUGGUGAUCAUCUUCCUGAUGGCAGUUGGCACAGUGGCUGUUGGAGGAUACUGGGCUGGCAGCAGGGACAUCAAAAAACGUUACAUGAAGCACAAAAGGGAUGACAGUGCUGAGAAACAAGAUGAGGAGACAGUUGACGUCACUCCUGUCAUGAUUUGUGUAUUUGUGGUCAUGUGCUGCACUAUGCUGGUGCUCUUGUAUUUCUUCUAUGAUCACUUGGUGUAUAUGUCUAUAGCUACAUUCUGUUCGGCAUCAGCUGUCGGUCUGUACAGCUGUCUUUGGCCUAUUGUACGAAGAAUACCCUUUGGGAAAUGCAGGAUACCUGAGAAUAACCUGCCGUACUGCCAUAAGCGGCCACAGGUGCGCAUGCUGCUCCUUUCGGCCUUCUGCAUAGGAGUUAGUGUCACCUGGGGAGUUUUCCGCAAUGAAGACCAGUGGGCAUGGGUGCUUCAGGAUGCAUUAGGUAUCGCAUUUUGCCUCUACAUGCUAAAAACAAUCAGACUGCCCACUUUCAAGGCCUGCACUCUGUUGCUGGUCGUCCUGUUUGUGUAUGAUGUGUUUUUUGUUUUCAUUACCCCACUCUUAACUGAGAGUGGUGAAAGUAUCAUGGUAGAGGUGGCGACUGGACCCUCCAAUUCCUCCUCACAUGAGAAGCUUCCAAUGGUGCUGAAAGUGCCCAGGUUAAACUCAUCACCUUUGGUCCUGUGUGACAGGCCCUUCUCUCUCCUGGGCUUUGGGGAUAUCUUGGUACCAGGUCUGCUUGUAGCAUAUUGCCACAGAUUUGACAUUCUCAUGCAGACUUCUCGAAUAUACUUCCUGGCUUGCACUGUUGGCUAUGGCAUUGGCCUGCUCAUCACAUUUGUGGCUCUGGCUCUGAUGGAGAUGGGUCAGCCUGCCCUCCUUUACCUGGUGCCUUGCACACUCCUCACCAGCCUUGCUGUGGCACUGUGGCGCAAGGAGCUGCCUUUGUUCUGGACAGGAAGUGGAUUUGUGCCUCCUCCCAUUGUGAUGGAACAAAUUAACUGUACCCAAACCACAGGAGAUUCCAUAGCUGAACCCCAGUCCAAUCCAGAGCCGCAGGACUCUGAAAUGACCAAUCAGUGCGAGGACCCUCCUCCACCAGCCCAAGAGGAAGUUUCGCAUCUUAAAGAUGCAGCUACUACAUAAAGACAAAAGACUCAAAGGAUGCUAAUUUCUUGUUCAUUUUUUUUAAAGUCAGUUAUAGCUGUAAGAACAUCUCGGUGCACUUGCUUUACAGAGAGGAAAAGUGACAAUAUUUGUUUAAAGCCUUUGGAAGCGGGCAGUCUGCUUGAACCAAAGCCAUGGAAACACAAGAACGCAACAACAUCGGUUGUGCUUCGUCCAACAUGGAUCUGCUUCAGUUCAUGACGGAUGCUAGUAAAUGAAUAGUUCACCCAAAAAUAAAUUGUCAUCAUUCACUCAGCCACUCAAACUCAUUUGACUUCCUUUCUUUUGUGGAACACAAAAAGAUAUGAAAGGCAGAAUGUUAGCCUCAGUCACCGUUCACUUUCAUUGUAUGGAAAGAAAGAUGAACAGAAAUGGAACAAAAUGAAGUGACAAUUUUUAUUUUUGGGUGAACUAUCCCUUUAGGAGUGCUUUAAAUGGACAGCUUUCAUCUUCUACGCAGUGAUCUCAAUUGUGUCUGGCUGUGUGUGUUAUUUUGUUUUCUCUAUUUUUUGUUAGUCAAUGUUAAAAAUCUCUCAGUAAAUGAAACCUAGUGCAGCUAGACAUUUUCCAGACAUUUUCCAUUUUUAAAGAAAGCUCACUGAAAAUCCCUAAUUCUUCAUUCAUGUUGAUAAUUGGCUACCUGUAAAUAACACAUUACUGGUUGGUUCUGUCCUUUUCAUAACAGCGCUGAAGUAUCCCAUCCUCUUAAAUAUGGUGCUAAUAAGAACCAAGGCUAAGGUGUCUGGGAUGUUUCAUUAUUUUCAUCUUCAGAACAGGGCUCUGAGAUUUGAAUGCUUUGGACUGGUUGAGGUACUCUGAAUAUUCAAGAGCAGUACUGUAAAACAAGGCCACAUCAUUUCACUUUUAUAUUGGUUUGAAAUGAGAUUUCUGCUUUAGUUGCGUUUUAAAGAUCAUAUUCUAUGGCUCAAUAAAGGGACACAAUGUAUUUAGAAUGCGUAAUUUACUUGAUGCAAGGCAACGUAAGAACGUAAGUGCAGUUUACAAUGAUACUUUCCUGUCCAUCUAUUUUAUAGUAGGAAUUUUGUAUUCAUGUACUUUCUUUUAAAUUUUUUUAUUUAAUCCAAAGUUUUGCUCCGAUUCUCCCCAUCAAAUGAUUUUAAGGGACGGCUCACCCCAAAAUGAAUGUUCUAUCAUCAACAGAAAAGAUGUUUAGCAGAAUGUUAGCCACAGAAACUUUUCACUUUCAUUGCAUCAUUUUUCCACACAAUUAUGGUGAAUGGUGACUGAAACUAACAUCUCCUUUUGUCUUCCAUGGAAAAAAGUGAUACGGGUUUGGAACCUCAUGAGGGUGAGUAAAUGAUGUGAGAAUUUUCAUUAUUGGGUAAACUAUCUCUUCAAUUAUUUUAUAUUGCAUAAAUUCUAUUGAAAAAAAGUCACACCUCCCUGUUGUUGCAUUAAAAUUCUGGUACAGUCUUUAUAUUGAGUCAUGUGAAAUAAUGUGGACAAGUUAAAUAUCAAUGACAUCUGUAUUGAUGACCGUGUAUUAAUACUCCUGCAGUCUGGAGGGCAUGGUUUUUGUUUUGUUUUUAAUCUUCAGAGAUAUGAAGGUCUGUUUUAUUAGAGAUCAUAUGCUAAUAGUGUUACAGUGUGGUUUUGAAAACUUGAAGAGUGCACAUAUUAAAGGAAUAAUGCAUAAAGUGAUGUGCAGUGUAUUGUGAUGGUUUAAUGUGAUUGAUUUCACUUGUUCUACUUUUGAAGAAUAAGGCAUUCACUAGCAAGCCUGAAUAGUAAAAUACCAUUCACAUACACAUAGAAGUGGAGUUCUUGGCAGAUCCCUCCCACAUUAAAAGCGAAGCAAUAUUGUGUAUAUAAACAGUAAAUUCGAGUUCAUAGAUGGUUCACACGAAAUGGCACACAUCAGAGUGCUGUGGUUAGGACCUUGAAAUGUCACUUACUAGAAUGUGACU